AUGACUCUCGAUGCAAACCAGAUCGUUUCCAUUGUAGAAAUCGUGGUCUAUGUCCCUGCCCUCGUUCUAUCACUGAUUGUCUGCAACCGACAUGGUUUCAGUCGAAGUUCGGGGUGGUAUUACACAUUCACUCUAAGUCUCAUUCGCAUCAUCGGCGACGUGCUGCUGCUCCUGACAUACUCGAAUGACUCGACCGGCCUCUUAAUCGCAGCUGUUGUCUUUGAUCAUAUUGGCUUKACUCCMUUGCUCCUCGCUACACUGGGGAUGCUGUCGCGUUUGUACGAUCUCCCGUUACCUCCUAAAAAUUCAAACUUUUCUCACGAUGUUCCUCCCAGAGUCGACCUAAUCAAUGCCGGCACACAAACGUCCAUAACUAUCAAAUACUUCCGCCUUGUCCAACUCGCAGUCCUCGUAGGCGCAAUCCUCGGCAUAGUCGGGGCAGAACAAGCUCAGUCUUCAUCCUCGCCCUCAACAAUGACGUACAUCGCAGUACUAUGCUACGUCGCCGCCUACGCUGUCAUUGUGCUCAUAUUCUGCCUUGCCCUCCCUUAUACUCGAGACUACAUCCCUGACUCCAGCGAACGAGCGCUUGCGCCGGCAAUUGGAGUUGCGCUGCCGUUGGUGCUUGUAAGACUUGCAUAUCAGGUACUUAUUGUCUUUGUGCAUCGGGGAGUGUUCAGCCGGCUUGGUCAGGGCUCGGUUGGUGUUCAUGUUGCGAUGGCUGUGGUGGAGGAGAUUCUGGUUGUUGUGAUUUAUAUUUACUUGGGGUUCAGGCUGGACAGACUCGAGGUGAAUGAGCAAGGGCCCAUUCUUUCGCGGCCGUGGAAGAGGUCAAAGGGGGGUCGGCGUAAUAGAAGUAGAAGGAGGGGCAGGAGUAUGAGGGGAGAAAGGGAUGGGGGAUACACAAGGGGAACGCAGCUUCACUUUAUUGGCGUGGAAUGA